AUGCUCGCUGCAUCAGAGACGGCGGCGGCCGCGGCAGGAAGGCCUUACGUGUGCAGUGAGUGUGGCAAGAGCUUCCGCUACAGUUCGGUGCUGCUGCGCCACGAGCGUGCCCAUGGCGGCGACAGCCGCUACCGCUGCCUCGACUGCGGUGAGCGCUACGCACUGGCCGCCGACCUCCGCGCACACCGAUGCGCCCACGCUGGCCAGACGCUCUACAUCUGCAACGAGUGCGGCCAGAGCUUCCGUCACAGUGGCCGCCUUGACCUGCACCAGAGCACACACAGACAGCGCAGCCGCUCCUGCCCUUGCCGCGCCUGUGGCCGCAGCUUCCCACACCUCUCGGCUCUGCUGCUGCACCGCCGCCGCCGGCAUCCCCCCGAGCCGCCCUGCCGCUGUCCCCUUUGCGCCCGCGCCUUCCGUCAGAGCGCGCUACGAUUCCACCAGGCACGGGCACACCCGUGGGGGACACCUAUCCCGCCUCUCGACCCGCUCCACCGCUGCGCACAGUGCCCACGGGCCUUCCGCAGCUACGCAGGGCUGCGGAGCCACGCACGCGUCCACACGGCCCGGAGCGCUGGUGACGCCACAGCUGCUCAGGCCCACGCUCUGGGUACACACCAGUGCAGUGUGUGCGGGAAGAGCUUUGGCAAGAGCUCCACACUAACACGACACCUGCAGACGCACUCAGGUGAGAAGCCUUUCAAGUGCCCGGAGUGUGGAAAGGGCUUCUUGGAGAGCGCCACGCUGGUGCGCCAUCAGCGAACGCACACGGGUGAGAAGCCCUAUGCGUGUGGGGACUGUGGGCGCCGCUUCAGCGAAAGUUCCACCCUGUUGCGCCACAGGCGCAGCCAUCAGGGAGAGCGGCCACACGCAUGCGCCACGUGUGGCAAGGGCUUCGGGCAGCGCUCCGACCUAGUGGUGCACCAGCGCAUUCACACGGGUGAGAGGCCCUUCCCGUGCGCCGAGUGCGGCCGCCGCUUCAGCGACCGCUCUGACCUCACCAAGCACCGGCGCACACACACAGGUGAGAAGCCCUACCAUUGUGAGUUGUGUGGCAAACGCUUCACAUGCGUAUCCAACCUCAACGUGCACCGGCGCAACCACGCUGGGCACAAGCCCCACAAGUGCCCCGAGUGCGGCAAGGCCUUCAGUGUGGGCUCCAAGCUGGCGCUGCACCGCAAGACUCACCUGGGCGAGCGGCCGGCGGAAUGUGCCGAGUGUGGCAAGUGUUUCAGCCACAGCCGCUCGCUCUCCCAGCACCAGCGGGCCCACACGCGCGCUCGGGCCGCCACCCAGGCCACCCAAGCCACCGCAGGGGCUGCACUCAUCUUUGCUGGGCAGGCAGAACAGGAAAAGCCGGACUUUUUGUGUCCUAGUUGA